GAAAAACAAACACGCAAACAAACAAACAGGUCGGAAGGAAAGGUCGCAGGAUGGAUCAGCAGUCGUUGCCGACCAAGGAUUCGGGCGCUGGGGAAGUCCGGCGAUGCAAAGGAAUUUCGCCAGCCCUAAAGUCCCGACGGGGCCUCAUCGUCACGGCCAUUUCCGUCUUGAGCGCCUCGGCCAUCGUCGCGGUCACCGCCAUUGCUCUCCGCAGGCGACAGCGACCUGAGCCCCUGCCGCCCUUGCCGAACCUCGGACCAACGCUCGAGAACUCUUGGGAGGCAUCCUGGCGGACGAGACACCUCCCACUUUACUUCAAGUGUGAUUCGAACGCGUGCCGGGACACCGGCGAAGACCUGAGAAAGAACGUCGCCUGGUCCUUGAGCCCGUGCGCCGACUUCUACGAGUACGUCUGCACCAGCAACCGCUUCCCCACUAACGUCUAUGACCACGCCGUGACGCAGUAUCUGCGCGAAGUUCGCAGCGUGAUCCACAAGUACGAGGACCUCGGCUUCUUCUCGAGAACAACUAUGUCGAAAAAGAUCACGCGGUUCUUUGCCACUUGCCAGUCGAGUCACGUUGACCUGCCUUCCUGGAGGUCCCAGCUCGAGGACACUUGGAAGCAAUUGCAACUGGCCGGAGACCCGGAGGCCGUCGAAAGCAUGUUGGCAACGUUCUCGAGAGUUCUCGAAAUCUUUCCCGUCGUUCACGUGGCCGUUCUGGAGGCGUCGCACAAAACAUGUGUGGUCCUAUCGAGACCGCACGACAUCGGCGCUGACCGCAUCUUUCACGUGCCGCACGCUUUUUCCACGUCCUUCCGACAUUUUGCGGCGGACCUGCUCGGGCACAAAGGAAAAAUUAGUGAUGACGUCAGUGACCUCAUCAGCUCUGCAGCCAAGGUGGAGUCUGAACUCCAGAAGUACUCGGGUCCGCGCGGUGAGCAGUACUACCAUCUCAAUGAAUACGGUGACGUUCCCGCUUCGGAGAUUGGCGAAGGUAGCGCAGCAUUUGACUGGACUUUAUACUUGAGGAAAUUCCUCAAAGGGGCAGUUUCAGUGAAAGCGGACUCAUGUGUCAUUGUGAAGUCUCCUGCUUACGUGAAACAUCUAGUGAAAGUGUUCGGCAAGGUUUCGAAAAACGAUGUGCGCUCGUUUCUUAAACUUAGGGCUGCUAUGGCACUGAUGCCAUUCCGGAAGCUGGCGGACAACCCUAAAAAAGAAGACAUCGAAAAGCUUUGCACACUGGCCACGUACAAGCUGUACCAAUAUGCCUUCCUAAAGGAGUUCAACGAUACGUACCUUCUGGCGGUGGCCUUUGGUGUUCAUCGUAACCUGGUCACCAUGAAGGGUUCCUACAAGCAUGUCAUCACGGAGGCCCUGCCUAUUUCCAAAGGUAGAACCGAGGUCGAUGAGGCCUUGAGUAACAUCAAAGUCAAGUACUUCCAGAUCAUGAAGGACAUCGACAGCUACUACAGCAGCAUCGCGAUGACACCGACCAAGGAAAUCGCACGCAGCUACGUCCAGGGCAUGGGAUCCAUGACAAAGCCUUGGCUACGAGUAGUUGUCGCCUCGGGAAGCAAAAUCCAGGAAAACCACCUGAACGUUCGCUGGGACUUCGACGUGGACACGAGCACGCUUCUGGUUCCAGUGUCCAUAAGCCACCUGAAGCAGAAGGAGGACAAGGAGUUCUUUUUGGAGUCCGCGAGUCUCGGGGGCGCCAUGGUGCAAUUCUUUUACGAGGCGUUCCACGAGAGGGCGCUGUUCUCAUCGGAUGGUUCGACUCACGAUGUCCUCAACAAUGAAACCGCGAUCGCUUGCCUCGAGAAGCAGUACGCAUCAAAGGCAGUGAACAAGACAAAGGUCCACGGACAACGGGUCUUGAGGACGGUAGCUGCGGACAAUGCCAUCGUGCCUGUGCUGCACAGCGUCUUUAAGACCUCGCUGCACUUGCGCAAGAUCGAAUUCGUCAACUACAAGAGGCUGGAGAUGUCACUGGCCAACCUUCCGGACGUGGAUGCCGACCAGCUGUUCUUUAUGAUGUACGGCCAGACCUUGUGCGAGCCGCACGAGGACACUUCUCGGAUCUUGGAGCAGGCACCGUGGCCUCCCGCUAAGAUCAGGCUCAACACCGCGCUGGCCAACUACCCGGAGUUCGCCAAUGCAUUCAGCUGCGGCAACAGGACCGCCAUGAACCCGAAAAAGCGCUGCUCAGUCUUUCACUUUAAGUGAACCACGGUGACAAAGAAGUCCAGUUUGAAAGCGAA